AUGGCUAUGCCAGACGGUCCGCUGGAGCGCCGCCGUAUUCAGAACCGUAUGGCGCAGCGUCGGUUCCGGUUCCGCCAGAAGCAACGGAACACUAUUGAGUUGGGCGGACAAGUGCAAAAUACCACAACGUCGUUGUGUCAUGAAGCUGCAAACCUAGAUGAUUGGCUUGAUAACUUUUCGCUACCCACAAACGAUGGCUCAUCAAUGUCGGUUGACUUCUCGGCCUCUUUGACUUGCGCAGGAGGUCUGAGCGAAAGCUUUUCUUUGAUAGAGGGCCAUCACGGACACGGAUAUUUUACAGGAGUGGAUGCCAACGGCAAUUGUAUCCCAUACGCCAUCUCAGAGCCAGUCCACAGCACGGUAUCAACGUCUCCGAGCAAUUCGACAACUCUUGAUGUCCUUGGGUCAGGCAGGAUGCAACAUCGCAACACAUCACCAGCCCAAUCGGAAAACCUACAUUAUGUUCCCAAGGAGAAAAACUCAGAAUCCGCAACCACAGCUACCACCGAUCUGAUCAGGACAUCCAAUUUCAGCUCACCAGAUCGAUCUAUUGCAGGAGCGCCCGUCGAACAAGCCAGCGCAGGAACGAGUCCAGGGACAGGUGAUGAAAGUGAUAUCAACAAUCCCGGGUGGCUCAGCGCAUUGCACAUAGCAGCGAAGCGGGGCCACGGUGGAAUCGUCCGACUCCUGCUACAAAACUGCAUGGAUACCAACGAGAGAGAUAGCGACGGCUUGACACCGCUGAUGUAUGCCGUCGCUGGUGGUCACGAAGAGGUAGUCAAAUCGUUACUAGCCCACGGUGCCCGCCUUGGAGAUGUCGAUGGCCGUCGCCGCUCGGUAUUGCACUGGGCCGUGCUGACGUGCCGCGAAAACUUGCUCCGUCUGUUGCUAAAGCAUGCGGCUACCGACGAUCCUCUCCUUAUCGACGGCUAUGAUGAGACAGGCCGCACGCCCUUGCAUACUGCAAUAGCCUCUGGUUUCGAGGCUGGAGUCAGCAUACUAGUGGAGUUUGGUGUCAACUUAUAUUCAAAAGCCAGGAAACCCUAG